AUGUCGAAGAACCAUCAGAUAUUGGGAGGCGUGGAGUCCCCCAAGGGACAACCUCGGCCCGCGAAUCCUGUAGACCUCAAUGAGGUCGAAAUGGUGUUCGGAACGCCGAAUUCUCCGAAAGGCGUGCAACCAGACGUGCAUUUUAUCAGCAACGAAAGGAACCACACCAAGGAGACACAUAACAACAAUAAUUUAAACGACGGUGAGGCCAUCCAACCCACGCAGCCCUUAUUAGAGCCGGAUCACGAUCGACAGAAACCACCACUAGCCGGACCUGAAGUCGACGAUUUGGACGAGGGUUUUCCCAAAGACGCUUCCCCUUACCCCGGCAUUGACGACGGUCUUCUAGAGCCAGGGGAUAAGAAACCUGAAGUACCCGAUGGCGGUGAGGAAGGCAAGAGCAACGGAGACGGAUCCAGCCAGCCGACGCACGACGACGGAGUCGGCACCGACGACGGUAAAUGGCUGUGGCCCUCUGUCGACGAGGCUGACCAUCCUUACGAUGGAGUUAAUGGUCUUGAACCUAGAUUUGGCAUUGACGACCGGCCCGGCUCGCCUUUUCCGCCAGGAUCGAUCCCGGACGUUAACACGUACCAGCAGAAAAAGAACCUGGCGCAGGGCAUGAUGGAUCUCGCGCUGCUGUCAGCUAACGCCAACCAGUUGCGCUACGUUCUGGAGUCUUCUACGAACCAUCCAUAUUUCUAUCCCAGUAUUGUCUUCAUAUCCGUAAGCAUUAUCCUACAGAUAGCAGUGGGGGUAGGUCUGAUCAUGAACAGCAGAUACAACGUGAAGGACGAUAAGGAUAUCUGCAAGGCUGACAAGAUCAACAACAUGACCGUGCUGGGCGUGUUUUUGGUCACCAUCGUUAAUGUGUUCAUCACGUCAUUCAGCGUGGCAACGCCAACCACGGGAUCCGUGGUGAAUGGGGCGAUAGUGCAGCAAGCUGGA